CAGCAUUAAAUCAAACCCUCCAAGGGACUCGACGCAUCAAAUGAGGCUCGUCAAUUGAAUUCUAUCUAUCCCAAGUCUCCAAAACGGCUUUUGACAACUAAACUUUUUUUUUUUUUUUCCUUUCCUUUCCUAUUCCUUUCAGACAUCACAUCCACGCUCAACGCGUUUUUUCUCCCCCCCCCGUCGCUCAUUCUCGAUUGGGAUCUUACGCUUCGAUCAUCUUGUUCUUUGGACUUUCAUCUCUCAUUUUCCUCUCCUGUUUACUUUGGUGACAGUUGGAGGGCUCAAAAACAAUCCAAACAAAACCCAACUUGCGCCGAUCCAAGUUCUCGUCCUUCUAUUAAUAAAUUCGAUUCUACUUCCGUCAUCCUUUUGCGAUAUCAAAUUUACGACCCGUCACGAAUAGUCACGAGUAUCUUUCCCUCCAUCCGCUUUCGCUGUAAAACUCGCCACGCCCCUUUCGCCUCGUCGUCCACCAACUAUCUCAGAGUUAUUAGAGACCAUUCCUGACGAAUAUUCCACACACACUUUCUUUUCGCUGUAUCGGUCAUUAAGAAACGCUGUUCCGAUACUCCUCCGAAGCGUACGUUAGUCGCACCUUGAGACAUCCGCCUCAGAAUAACGUACUCUAUAUCAUCACCGAAUUCCCACCGAAUUCAGCGUUUGAACCUCGAGCUUGACCCCUAAAGCUGUUAAAAGAAUUCGAUCCAACGCAAUCUAUACCCCACCGCCUUUCUCUAGCGAUGGCUACCCCUGAGGCGCCCCGGCAAUAUGUCCCUCUGACCUGUCACGGUCAUUCCCGACCUGUCCCCCAUAUCAGCUUCUCGCCUUUAGAGAAAGAUGACGUCUAUUAUUUAAUAUCGGCUUGCAAAGACGGCAACCCCAUGCUUCGGGAUGGCCAGACUGGCGACUGGAUCGGUACAUUUAUAGGCCACAAAGGUGCAGUUUGGCAAGCUAGGCUCAGCCCCGACGCUGCUACCGCCGCUACGGCUUCUGCAGACUUCACCGCAAAGAUCUGGGAUACGCAUACCGGGGAACUUUUGUUCACUCUCCAACAUGACCACAUCGUCCGGGCCGUCGCUUAUCCACCCGACAAUUCCGACCUCGUGGCUACCGGCGGGAUGGAGAAGAAGCUUCGCAUCUUUGACCUGACAGAGAUGAAGCCCAAGUCGACCCCCGAAGCUGCUUCAAAUGGCGGCAACGCAGAAGCUACCAUCGUGCCACCCACUAUCCAAGCCUCCUCCGCUUUCGAGAUAGGAACAGGCGUCCAUACCGCCUCCAUCAAGUUCAUAGUUUGGACUAGGGAUCCGAAUAUCUUGAUCACCGCUUCCGACAAUACGCUACGUUGGUUCGACUUACCCACGAGAAGUGUCGUAAAGCAAGAAGUCUUGGAUGGGGAGAUCGGCUCUUGCGAAUUUUGCGCCCUGGCUCCCGAAUUUACGUCCAAGACGGACAUCGGAGAAGGGUUACCAGUUCUCGCGGUGGCUGCUGGAAAGUCUAUUUACUUCUGGGGCGGCGUUCGCGCCAUGGACGAGUUAAAGCGCACCAAGAUGAAUUACAAGGUAGCUAGCGUAGCCUUGGACCCCAAGGGGAGGAAGAUCGUCGUCGGCGAAGACAUCCCAGCAACGUGGGCGAGAGUAUACAGAUGGGAUGACGAUACAGAGAUAGAUAUCCACAAGGGCCAUCACGGCCCCGUGUGGUCGGUGGCCUUCUCUCCCGACGGAAAGCUCUACGCCACGGGCUCGGAAGACGGAACAAUCAAGAUGUGGAAGAACUGCGAGGGGUUCUACGGACUCUGGCGCGGAGGCGCAAGCGGCGGGGCAGAGCGAAACGCCGAAUAGGGUGGCGCGCUUCGCAGACGACCUUCAACCGCCUCGAGCCGAGAUAGCCCGGAUGCUUCAACAAAUUCUAGCAGUGAGUCUCAAUAGAGGGCUAUAUCCAUCCGAGAGCAAAUUCUAGCGCUCGAACAAUCUUAGUACAGCAUCAUUCAAGUCUCGUCAUGCCGCGAGCAUAAUUCAAACGAAGAACGUCUGAGACUAUUUUGGGUCAAGUAAACGAGUAGCCGGAUAUGAUGUUUGCUGGUCAUAUUAUAGUCAUUAUGUAGACGUAUAAAAAUAUUACCACAACAGGGGGUUGGCGUACUAUUUUCCUAGGGCCUAAGGGACAGAUACUGAGAGAAACCCAGAGUAGAUUACAGAAAUAGCCUCAUAAUGCAACAUUGCAUUCGUCGUUCUCA